AUACGUUACCCUGCUUGAAGUUAUUCGAGUUCUUGUUUCUCUCCUCACUUCUCCAUCUCAACAACUCGACCACCCACCCACCCACUACAAAACACCAUCAGUGAAAUACCAAUUGAACUCCAUCUCCAUCUGCCUACUUCUUCGUCUCAAAAGUUUUGAUAACUGUCGAUUAUCCUACCAGUCCUACCUCUGUUCGACCCGAUCCCAUCGCCAUCUCAUCAUCUUUCUUCCCUGGUAGUAAACACAAAAAUUCGUAUCUUCCUCUCCAUAUCGCAAGAAAAGAUCAUUCCUCUACCGGUUUCUCCUUCUCUGUUGUUGUUAUUGCUCACAUCUAAACUAUACAACAAAUGUCUGAACAAAUUCCAGACCCUCCGCAGCAGCAGCAGCAGCAGCAGCAGCAAGAAGAUCUGCUCCCCCAGCAACAAGAAGUAGAGCAACAGCAACAGCAGCAAGCAACUUCCGACACUCGACCCACGGAGCAAUCAGAAGCUAUUCAAAAUGCAGGUAGCGAGCAGACCGCUUCGAUCUCCACCCAUGAAGAAGCACCCGAGUCCUCUGCCGCUGCCUCGAAUGAGCCUGCCUUGAACGAGACCGACGCGUCUGCAAACACCGAGCAAGAUCCACCUGCUCCCCCUCAAGAAUCUACCUCUCCACUCCCACCAACCGCAAUCUCUGAGCCUCAGCCGGCAUCAACUACCCCCGCGCCUUCCUUCUCAAAUCUCUCGAUCGAGUCGGUGCUCGGCCUCGCGAUGUCGGCCGGGAUCACUGUCCCGCCUGCGGCAAUGCCGCCCGCGCCUUCCAACGACGGCAACAGCCAGGCGUCGUUCUUCGUCGACGACGGCUCCGCUGCUCGCAAGCAGGAGAACGAGUCUUCUCUCGACCAGGAGGGAAACCUGCGCCGGCGCAAGCGCCGAAGCGAAGGCGACGCGUUCAACGAGUACACCACCGCCGACCUCUCUGAUCCGUUCACGUCCGAAGAAGAGGCGUCCUACAGCGCCUUCCUCGACUACGAAUCCGAGUGCAUGUCUAAAAACGACUGGGAGCGGUUUCCGCAGGGCGCGAGGCUGUUUAUCGGGAACCUGCCGACCGACUCGGUCGAGAAACGGAACGUGUAUAAGAUGUUUGCAAAGUUUGGCAAGCUCGCGCAGAUCUCGUUGAAGCAGUCGUAUGGGUUUGUGCAGUUUGAACGGGCGGAGGAUUGUAGGAAUGCUAUCGCUGCUGAGCAGGGGACGUUGAUCAACGGGCGCAGGAUUCAUCUCGAGGAGUCAAAAGCACAGUCAGGUCGCAGAGAAAAAGGCGGCAGAGAUCGCGAGCGCGACCGGUAUGAUUCACGCCGUUCGGUCUCUCCUCCCCGUAGAGGCGGCGGCGGCGGCGGUAACGACUUCCACGGCGGCUACGGUUCCUACGUCGGAGGAUCUAAUGACCGAGGCAGCGAGUACAGCGGUGGGAGAUCUCGCGAUCGUCGGGAGAUCUCGCCGCCUCGUCGGCGUGGAGACCGGUAUCGCGAGCGGUCGCCGCCGAGAAGGGGGGGUAGGUCGCCGUCGCCUGUUGCGUCUGAGGAGUGGCGGGCGCCGCGGCGGAGGCCUGAGGAUGUUCCGGAAUGCCAGAUCUUGGUGACUGAGAGUGUUGAUCGGAAUUUCGUUUGGUUCGUUCGCAAGGCGUUUGAAGACAGAGCAAUCAAGGUGGACGUGAUGGACGUGUCAUCCCGGCUAUCGAUGACAUCAGUGAUUCUGCAUAUGAUACUGGAGGGAGUUUACGGUGUCGUGUUUUUGAACCUCGAUCUGCAAGCGCAGUCAAAGAUCUCGCUUCAGGUGUUUGAGCGGGUUCCUGGAUCUACGUCGGUUAAAUUCGAUGAAUAUAUCUCUGAGGAUCCAGCGGUAGGAGCCGAGAUUGUCUUCCGCACAAAGCAAAAGAUGGCACCGCAGCCUGCACAGCUUGGCGGGCAAGUCGGCGGGCUGCCGCAGAACGCGCUGACGCAGUACUUGCUCGGGGCGCUUGCGCAGCAAGGACAGCAGCAGCAUCAGCAGCAGUAUUGAUUGUAGCUAGGAAAUGUAUGAUAGUUUAGAGAUGUAGAGUUUUCACG